AAGUUAAUACGCCAGGGAAACGAGCAUCAUAUUGCAAAGCAAUAAAGGAGACCUGUCUUUCAUUUAGAAAACCGUCUGUUGAACAUUUCUGUAAUCUCUGCCAAUUACUUAGAAAUAAAGAUUUAUAUAAGUGGAAACGACCAGAUACAUCCGUCGACUAAUGUGGACAUUUGGGGAAGUGCGAAGCAAAGUAUGAUCAACGUUGCACAUUGAGGUGGAUGUAGCGCAAAAAGCUAUGCCCUGUGUACAAACCCAGUAUGCAAGCCUGCCCUUUGACAACAACUACUUUAGCUCUGAGUUCCUAAACCCUGACCUCAGUGCAAAGCUGGCCAUGGACAUCAGUGGCCAAAGGGACCAGCUGUCUGCCUCCUUGCCCAGUAUCAACACCCUGGUGGGAAGCAGUUACAUGGGGGAGUUUGACGCCUAUUCCUGCCAGGUAACCACGUCAACCCCUUCCAUUGGACCGUCUAGUAAUGGUGUUGUAGCUGGGGGCUCCAGCCCUCAAGCACAACACCAAGCCUUCAAUUUGGAUGAUCUCCAGGUGUAUGGCUGCUACCCAGGCAGUUUUGCCCUUAGCUACCUUGAAGAGACGCUUUCCUCCUGUGGUUCUGACUACUAUGGCAGCCCUGUCUCUGCAGCUGCGUCUCCUCCCACCCCAGGCUUUCAGAGUCAGCCUACACCUGCAUGGGACUCUCCUUUUAGCCCCUACUCCCCUGGCCCAGGGUGCUGGGUGUCUGACAAGACAGCUCUGGCUCAACAGCCCUCCUUCUUCACCUUCACCCCCCCAACGGAGCAGCAUUCACCUCUAGGGCAACACCACACCCCCCAGCAUUGCGACGAGGACGCCUUCUUCCAAUCCCCCCAGCCGCAAGCCUCUCCUAUCCAUUAUCCCCCAAUGUCACUUGAGAACGGCUCCCUGGAUAGCCCUGGCCUUCUGGAAGGGCACAUGCCAUCUCCUAAGACCUGUAGCCCAGGGACCAACGAGGGCCGCUGUGCUGUGUGUGGGGACAACGCCUCCUGCCAGCACUAUGGUGUCCGUACCUGCGAAGGCUGCAAGGGGUUCUUUAAGCGAACAGUACAGAAAAAUGCUAAAUAUGUGUGCCUCGCCAACAAAGACUGUCCAGUUGAUAAGAGGCGGAGAAAUCGCUGCCAGUUCUGUCGUUUCCAGAAGUGCCUGGUUGUGGGCAUGGUCAAAGAGGUUGUCCGCACGGACAGCCUCAAAGGUCGCAGAGGUCGCUUGCCCUCUAAACCCAAGACUGUGUCAGAGUCUGCAUCCACACCCCCACCUGUCAACAUCAUCACUUCUCUUGUUCGGGCACAUAUAGAUUCUAAUCCAGCUAUUGGGAAGCUUGACUACUCUAAGUACCAGGAAACAGUGGCCAGCCUGUCAGAGAAGGAGGAUGCUAGUGAUAUCCAGCAGUUCUAUGACUUGCUGUCAGGCACCAUGGAUGUGAUAAGGAAAUGGGCUGAGACCAUCCCAGGAUUCACAGCCUUCUGCCCCGAGGACCAGGAGCUGCUUCUGGAAUCAGCCUUUGUCGAACUCUUCAUCCUCCGGCUGGCAUACAGGUCAAGUCCAGAGAAGAACAAACUGAUCUUCUGUAAUGGGGUGGUUCUCCACCGUAUGCAAUGUGUGCGGGGCUUUGGUGACUGGAUCGACUCCAUUAUGGAUUUCUCACAGAGCCUUCAUCGUAUGAAUCUGGACGUGUCCUCCUUCUCAUGUCUUGCAGCUCUCGUCAUCAUCACAGAUCGUCAUGGCCUUAAAGAGCCAAAACGGGUAGAGGAAUUUCAGAACCGCCUCAUUACCUGUCUGAGGGACCAUGUUACAGGAAGUGGUUCAGAACAGGGGCGACCCCAGCCCAACUACCUUUCCCGUCUACUGGGCAAGCUCCCUGAGCUGAGGACCCUCUGCACCCAGGGUCUGCAGCGCAUCUUCUAUCUGAAACUGGAGGACUUGGUCCCGCCACCUCCAAUUGUGGACAAAAUCUUCAUGGAUACCUUGCCUUUCUGAAAGGACAGACAAAAGAAAGAUGAGGAAGGAUUUGUGUGUGAUGACUCAGUGUCUGUGUAUUUUGGGGGGGAAUCUCAAGUUCAUCACCUUUGGUAGUGUUGAAUUUUAUUGACUGUCGGUUACUUUCACUUCAUCUGAAGAAGUGUCACCUCUCUCCCAUUGCACUGACUCAUUGAAGUGUGACUCUGGUCCAGAACACUUCAAAGUGAAGAGACACUUUCUAUUUCCCCACAUUUCAGAUUUUUUUUUUCUGUGGGUGGUUGAAAUGUCUAUUUUUGGUUUUGUGUUAAGUUCUCAUAGACAUUCAUUCAUCAAGGCAAAGCAAAUAUUUCAGAACUUUUCUAGUUUCUACUUUUUGUAGGUGUGUAUCUGUUGAGUGGCUUUUAUUGCUAUGCAAAAUGUAUGGAUUGUGUCUUUGCAAGCUGCAGGGUAUAUAAAAGGGACUUUUUAUGUGAAAUGUUAUGUACAUACAGAUUGGAAGAAAGUAAUGCAUCUGUAACUGACAGACAAACAUCAAACAUGAACACACACUUGACACACGUGUGAUUUUGUGUGUGCUCUGAACCAAUAUUCACGGGGGGGGGGGGGGGGGAUUUAUACUGCAAGCAUAUUUAGGUAACAGCUAGUGUUCAAAGAUUGACAGGUGGAGAGAUUGACAGAAUCUGAAAUUUGAUUAUCUCUAAUAAUGUCCUAUAUUUAAAAAAUGCAUUUUCUUUACAUAUCAAAAUUGAGCAGGCUUAGAUAUACAAGAUAUCCAUUUGUAGUCCUGAUGGAAGGUCGUGGACCAAAGGACGGUGUUUGCCUGCAAUGGGAGGAAAUUGUACCGACAGCUUACAAACCUUAAAGCCUUAACUACUCAAAGGGAGGUGCCAUAAUAACUUGCCACCAAAUUUGCAUAAAGCAUUGUUCUGCUUUAUAUUCCCUGUUGAUGAUCCUAUCAUGGACACAAAACAAUCAUUUUUUAAAGUUUAUAUUAAACCGCCUUGAGCCCUCAAAAAUAAUACAGGAAAGUGCCAGCAUAAUUUCUCUAAAAGUGCCUUUUAAAAAACUCUUGCAUCGCAGAAGACUGUGAUGUAUAUGCUAAACUAAAUGUAUAUGCUAUACAUUGUAUAUGCAAAUUUUUUCCAAAAUAACUCACCGACUAAGUUUGUGCAACAAUGAGAUAUUAUUUGGGGAUUAUUAGAGGACUUAAAAUAGGCAGUAAAGGAAGAUUGGCUUACGGUAAGUCAAAAUAUUCAUACCUACAGAGACCUGAGUUAGGAAUCCCUGAUUAGAAAUGGGAAUCACCAAGGAAUAUAAAUAGAGUUUAUUUUAGACACAAACUUGAAACUGAAAGAGAUAAAGACAGAAUUGGUUAUCACAGUAAUGUAUCCACUCAAACACAUGGCUUUCUAACCUAAUCUUUGUGUACUGUAAAUAUAAUCCUUUGCUAUUGUAAGUGUUGCCUUACACAAGCUCCUGUGGAGGAGUGUGCAGUUUUAUUACAUUCAAUUUGUAUUUGUUUUAACUUCAAGUGAUUAUUUAAGUAAAACCACAGUGGAAUGUGUCAAAAACAGAGCAGCUAAGGGUACUCCAUCGUUCUAAUAGUUCUAAUUGAAAUUGAUAUGUUAUUUCCCUGCUUCCUUUUCUAUGUUUGUUUGUGAUGAAUAUGUGUACGUGUUCAACAGAAGUACUUUAUAUUUAUGAAUUUCAUAAUGUGGUAAAUAUAAAUAUAUACAUUAAAUACGUAUAUUCAGCAAAAGGGAUAUUAGUAUUUAAUAUUAAAUUUAAAUUUAAAGGUA